GCUGCCUUUGGAUUUGCCACCCUCCUGCUUCAGCCUCCUGAGCAGCUGAGAUUACAGCUCCAACUGUGGCCUUUGGGACCGGAGCCCGCUUGUGUGUGGAAUGUGUGCGCCUCCUUCGGGGCUGGCAGGCGUACAGAACCGGCGCGACAUCGGUUUGCCCUUCCAGAUCUCCCGCCUACGCGGGUCUCAGCAGGAAGGGGCGGGCUCUGCAGUGCGGCUUCGCUGGGGCGCGCGUUGCCAUAGCGACCCUGGCCGGGCCCGGCAGCCUCGGGUGCCAACCGCAGGCUGAGGGCGAGGCCGGGAAGCUGCGACUGCGGGCGAGCGCAGGAGCUGGGCGACCACGAGGUGCCCCCCUGAGCCUCUGAUGUCCUCACCCCCAGCCGGAGCCCAGCAUGCCGGUCUUCAAGUGCCCGCGGAAGUCGGCGCCCCUGUGGAAGGGCUGGGAGGAGAAGGCCCGGAAGAACGGGCGGAGGCACCAUGUGUACGCCGUGAAUGGGGACCACUACGUGGGGGAGUGGAAGGACAACCUUCGACACGGGAAGGGAACGCAGAUCUGGAAGAAGAAAGGAGCCAUUUAUGAAGGGGACUGGAAGUUCGGCAAACGAGAUGGGUACGGCACCCUCAGCCUUCCUGACGGAGAGACCGGGAAAUACAGAAGAGUGUACUCGGGCUGGUGGAAGGGCGACAGGAAAUCGGGAUAUGGGAUCCAGUUUUUCGGACCCAAGGAGUACUACGAGGGUGAGUGGUGGAGCAGCCAGCGAAGCGGGUGGGGCCGCAUGUACUACAGCAACGGCGACAUCUACGAGGGCCAGUGGUGGAACGACAAGCCCCACGGGGCGGGCAUGCUGCGCCUGAAGAAUGGGAAUCGCUAUGAGGGCAGCUGGGAGAGAGGCCGCAAGCAUGGGCACGGGCGCUUCUUCCACCUGGACCACGGCCAGCUCUUCGAGGGCUUCUGGGUGGAGGAUGUGGCCAAGUGUGGCACCAUGAUCGACUUCGGCCGCGAGGAGGCCCCUGCGCCCACCCAGUUCCCCAUCCCUAAGCUCAAGCUCCUGGACCCUGAUGGUGUGCUCCAGGAUGCCCUGGCUGUGUUCAAGCAGACAGAGGAAGAGGAGGAGGAAGACUGAUGUCAGGUGCCGUUGCUUCUGUCUGCUCUGUCUCCGGCUGGCCUUGGGGACCCUCCUGUCACCACCUUAGCCCUGUGAGAGCGCCCCAAUAAAGAAACCUUCAGCUUC